AUGGCUGACACUGUUAUCUCUCUUGUUAUUAAGAGAACUAGCGAUCUGCUGAUUCAAAAAAUUGUUUUCCUGAAAGGCGUUCGACGACAAGUUGAGAGACUUCAAAAUGAUCUGGUCCGGAUGCGGUGUUUCCUGAAAGAUGCUGAUCAGAGGCAAGAUGACGAUGAGAGGAUCUGCAACUGGGUUUCGGAAACCAGAGCUGCGGCCUACGAUGCGGAGGAUAUCAUUGAGAUCUUUGCCAGCAAAGUUGAGUUCUUCACAAAGAAGAAGGGACUUGUCACCAAAUUGACGUAUUAUCCCUUGAAAAUUGUGAACCUCUACAAGAUAGGUAAAGAGAUUGAGUCCUUACAGGUGAGGCUUAAUGACAUAGCCGACAGCCGUGAAAAAUACGGUAUAAAAAAUCUUGGGGAGGGGAUGGCUACACACGGGGAAGAGCUUCAACGGAUCCGGCAGUCCCCUCCUUUCAGCGAGGACAAGGAUGUAGUGGGCUUCGGGGAGAUAACAAAUUCCCUGGUGGCAGAACUUUUGAAAGAGGACAGAAACCGCCGUGUGGUUUCGAUCAUUGGCAUGGGAGGUGCUGGUAAGACAACUCUAGCCAAAAAAGUUUAUAACCAUGCUGAUGUCAGGACAAGAUUCAACUGCCGUGCUUGGGUCUGCGUCUCUUCAAGCUACGAUCACAAAAAGAUGCUGAGGGCAAUCAUAAAGCAAUUGAAUGAAAUGAGUAAAGAGCUACUUGAAAUGUUGGAACAGAUGGAAGAGGAAGACUUGGAACGAAGGCUGUAUAAAGAUCUACAAGACAAGUGUUAUCUUGUGGUACUUGAUGAUGUGUGGAAGGAAGAAGUGUGGGAUUGUCUUGCUAGGGCCUUUCCUGAUGUUAAUACAUCAAGUAGACUGCUACUGACAAGUCGCAAUCGGGAUGUUGCUCAACACGCUGAUGCUCUUAGCAAACCACAUGAGCUGAAAACUUUGGGGCAGAAAGACAGCUGGCAAUUGUUUCUCAAAAAGGCCUUAGACCAUGGAGCUAAUUCUGGGUGUCCUCCCGAUUUGGAAGAAGUAGGCAGAGAGAUUACCAGAAGAUGUGAUGGUCUGCCGCUGCCCAUCACGGUUAUAGGUGGCCUGCUGCUGGCAAAGAAAAAGUUGAAAAGUGAAUGGGAGAAAGUUCUCAACAAUUUCAGCACACACCUAUCAAGGAGCCGGAGUGGGGUAUCAGCAAUUCUGGAAUUAAGUUAUGCAGACCUUCCUGCCAAUCUGAAAUUUUUCUUUUUGUAUCUGGGUUUGUUUCCCGAAGACUCCGUGAUUUCCGUGCCCAAGUUGAUUCAUAUGUGGGUUGCAGAGGGAAUAAUGCAGAAAAGAGAUGCAGAAAAUUUGGAGGAAACUGCAGCAUAUGAUGAUGUGGAACGACUUUGUAGCAGAAAUAUGGUCCAAGUGGCGGAAAUGACUGUUGAUGAGAGGAUUAAAAGCUGCAGAGUCCAUGAUUUACUGCGAGAACUUGCAAUCAGAAAGGCAGAGGAUGAAAAUUUUUUUCAGAUCCAUGACACCAGAGAUGAUAAAAUAUCAGCCAAAUCCAGGUACCUUGCUGUUCAUGUUCUCCCUUGGGAUGAAAAUUAUUUUGGGACUUCGACCCCUCCUCUCCGGUCUCUACUUUUUUUGAAUGUCCAUGACUUUAGUCUUAGCUUCAGAAGUUUCAGAAAGCUUAGGAUACUAGACCUUGAGAAUGUUAAGCUACCGUAUAAUUUGCCAAAAGAAAUUGGUAAAGUCAGGCUUCUAAGAUAUCUCGGUUUAAGACACACAUCCAUUGCAAGGCUCCCUCAUUCCUUCGGUUGCUUGCGAUGCCUACAAACUCUUGACAUACGGAACUUUGAACCAGUGAUAGUUUCAAAUUUCAUUUGGAAGCUUGAAAGUUUACGGCAUCUAUAUGCGUAUGGUAUGGAAUGUGAUGUGCCUCUUAGGAUUGAAGGAUUGAGAAAUCUCCAGACUCUGUCACGCGUACGCUUUGAUGACAUUAUGCACAAUAACAUGAUAACUUUGACAAGUCUUCAGAAACUGUGGAUUUGGGUGGAUGACAAGUCAGAGAUUGACAAACUCUGCUUGCAUUUAUCUGAGGUUGGAAGUCUAAAGGCGCUAUGUCUUUAUCGUACUCAAGGAAGAGAGUGGCCACAAUCUCUAGCUGGGCUUUCUAAGCUCCAUCAUGUAACGGAGCUCAAGCUAAUCGGGAGGGGUUUGCGAAUGCUGCCUCCUGAUUUCCCUCCAAAUCUCUCUCGCUUGUCUUUGAAACACACAAAUCUCACGGAUGACCCAAUGCCAGUACUAGAGAAGUUAGGACAGCUGUCGUUCCUCGAAAUGACGGAUGCGACAUAUGGGGGACCACAGCAUAUGGUCAGUUUUGGGAAUGGGUUUCUCCAAUUGAAAUUCCUUGAGCUCAGCCGCCUGUAUGCUUUGCAUGAAAUGAAUGUGGAGAAAGGUGCACUGCCACAGCUCCAGUGCCUGAGAAUCAGGAAGUGCCCCUCAUUACGGAAGUUGCCGGAAGAGCUGAAGCACAUAUCUACUCUCGAUGUGAUUGAGCUUGUGAACAUGCCAAAAGAUUUCAUCAGUGGGCUUGAUGCGGAUAUGGUAUCCAGUGUCCCUAACCUCAGAAUGUUUUGA